AUGAUAGUCGGUUCUGCAAUAGUAUUAGCACUUAUCCCAAUCUAUAUUCCACCUAGUCAUUUGACUGUCUCGUAUCAAGAUAAGACACGGUCGUUUCAAAGUGUUUCUCAGUUUUCUACAAUAUCAAAGCGUAGCAUUACAUCGUAUGUUGAUCCAGUAGAUUCAACUAGUUUUCCUGUACUACAGCAAUUUAUUCGUGCUACAUUAACCCACUGGACCAAAUUACCAAUGAGUGUUCAAAUCAUUAUCGACGAAGCAUAUGUCGAUAAUUCAAAUCAAAAAUUAUUUAUGCUAGGAAAAUAUGUUUUUUCAAGUUUUUGCAAAGAAGCAUGUCAAAAUAAGGCAAUGGAUUCCAUUUUACAAAUUCAAGGUUAUACACAGACAUUACAUAAUAUAUCAAUUUCAAACCUCAAUGAAAAUAUUGGUUUUAAUGUUAAUAAAAAUUUUAAAAAUGUAAAUUUACUAAGUUUAUCAUUUGUUGAAAAUCAACUUCAAGAUCCGACCGAUUUUAUAUUCGGUAUGCACUUGGAAUCUAAUUUCGGGCCACAGCGUAAACGACGACAAAUACAAAAUACCGGUGAACAAGAAUCGUUGUAUAAACUAAUUCAGCAAAUGCUCAGUCUUACCAACAAACUUAAGAAUGUUCCAUUUAUUAUUGUUGAUAGCCGUUUCACACAAAUGAUAAUUGAUAGCCAGUUAAUUGUUACAGUUAGAAUGCAGUAUCCAAUAUAUUGCUCGCCGCUAUGUUUAGAAGAAAGUGUAACUGAUUUGUAUGCAACCUUCCUCGGUUAUGGUAAAAUCAAUGAAUCUACUUAUACAAGAGGAAACGCUAAGUAUAGGAUAAAUAAAUUAGACAUGGACGGUAUUGGAAACUCAGUUCCACUAUCACUAUUUACUUUGAGCUACAGUACAGAAAACACAACAAAUAUUACUGAUGGUCCGAUUAUUGAUGAAGCUUCACUCGCCAAUAUAAAAAAUGGCAUAAAAGAUUGUUUGAAUUCGACUAUAGACAUCGACGUUAUCAAAGCAUCCUUUACAUCACUCGAAAAUUCAUCACAAAACCAUAAUCGACGAAGAAGCAUAAUUCAAUAUGUACUUAUUGUGGUUAUUCGAUUCAUUGGUGUGUUUUCCACAUGUGAUCGUCACUGCCAACAAAACACUUUUAUACCUAUACUCAGAAAUAUAAGACAACCAGCACAGCCUUUUCCAAUCAAUAAUAUUAUAAUACUAGCACUAAGAUCAAUUAUUUACACCUUCGGCAAACAAAACCCAACACUCAUUAUAACGACUACAGCUGCACCAACGACAACUACCGCAUCUGGUAUAUCAGCAACGCCAUAUCGACUAACAACAAUAGACACGACUCAAAUAACGAUAGUUGGGAAUUUAACAACACCAGAGCACAACAUAACACCAUCAGGUUCAACCACCUGUCAAACGGCAACUGCUUCCGUGGCUGGUCAAAGCACUGCUACAGAAGUUACGUCAGCAUCUGCUUCAACCACCAUUGACGCGUCAACUACUCCGUGA